CGUUGCUCAGGUGAUCCACGACCGUGCUGGCGGGCGGGGGUUCUGCGUGAUGGAUUCUACGAAGAAGAUGGCGAGAGCUGCAUUCUUUGCUGCGUGGCUGGUGGGGACUGGGCAGUCCUUCAAGUACUCUCUCGACGACACCGAAUACGAGCAAGCGCGCACGAGCUACUCUGAAGGUUGGAUGUACGGCUCUAACGCGGGGCCGAUGGGGGCUACUCAUGGGCCUUCUUACAUCCAUACGGACCUGCAGGUUACAGCUAUACCUCUCCGAGAGCCCAGCAGCGGCGAGUUCAACAUCAGCAUAAUGUUUUAUCGGUCGACGGUGCUUGACUAUGGCGUUUACGAGAACCUCAACAUCUGCGACGAAAGAGUGUCGCCGCCGUCCGCUUUUACAGAUGUUGAAGUAAUUUCGUUCCCAGCGGUCCGAAACACCGAUUACGGGGAAGAUGGCGUGCUGGGCCAAGCCUACACGGCGGACGUGCUGGCGCGCCGCGAGAUCGCGGAGUCGGGGCUGCAGCACGCCUUCAUACAGGUGUGCCCCACCGACGUCGGCGCCGAGGUCCUCAACACGGCCGGCUCGCUGGACUUCAGGAACCCGUACGGCUACCUGCCAGGCGCGGACUACGGCUGCCUCCCGUUCGAGGUGUUCCGCGUUGUCGCGUCGAUGGCGCUCGGCAUCGGGUUCGGCUACGCCAUGCUGGCGCACCGGGCGUCGAUCCUGCCCGUGCACAAGAUGAUCAUCGGGGUGAUCGUGCUGAGCACGCUGGAGGCUUCGACCUGGUGGGGCGCGUACAGCUACGUCAACGCGACGGGGAGGCCGUACUGUUGCCCGUACCCGGGCGUGGUGGUGCUGGCGAUGCUGAUGGAGAUCGUCCGGCGAACGACGAGCAGGUUCAUGCUGCUCAUGAUCUGCCUCGGGUACGGCAUCACCCGGGUGCAGCUUGAGAGGAGGGAGAUGAUCUCGGUCUGCGCGCUGACCGUGGCGUUCUUCGCGUCGGGCAUCGUGCAGCUAGCCUCGUCGGUGGGCUCCGCCUCCAGUGUGGGCAGCGGGGGCGAGUACGAGACCUACAACCCGUUGCUGGCCGUGCCCGCCCUUCUCUUCGACAUGGUAUUUCUGACGUGGAUCUACGGGCAGCUCUCGAACAUGUUGAAGGAGCUUAAGGACCUGAACGAGACUUACAAGUACAAGAUGUUCAGGGGCCUGGCGUGGACGUUGGGCACGUUCGUAACCCUGUUCACGACCCUCACGGUGGCGAUGCUGGCGGCGGAGGGAAGCCAGACUCAGAGCUGGGAGUGGAAGUUCGAGUGGAUCAACGUCGUUUCUUGGGAGAUUCUCAAUUUCUGCAUGCUGGCAGCCGUGAGCAUAAUUUGGCGCCCGUCUCCUCGCAGCGCUUUGUUGGCGUACUCGAAGCAGCUUGCCACCACGGAAGUCGGUGCGGAAGAAGCUGACGGCAUCGAGAUGGACACGGUGGAGUUCCAAGGGGCCCCAGGAGGCCAGUUCACGAUAGGGGAUGACGGCGACGACGAUGGCGAUGAGGAGGAGGGGGAUGACUUGGGCGACCGCGAGGGGAAGGUCGACGGCCAGGGCGGCCAUGGGACGAUUUACUCCAUGGCCAACUUCGAGCCGCAGAGACACACGGAUCUCGCGUAGGGCGUGUUCGGUAGCAGCGGAGCCUUGCUGAGGCAAAGAGCUAUGCAGUGAGUCUUAUCGCGUGCGUUGUUGUUGUGUUGUUGUCGCUAACACCGCUGCGAUGUGUUUUAUGUGUGUCUGCCCGACACGUAAGUGCUAUCUAGUGCACGCCGCCCUUUUCAUUCGGACUUGUUUGCUUGUUCAACUAUGGCGUAGUUUCGAUGUCAGCGAAAUCUGUAAUUUUGGGAUGUGAUCCAUCGGAAUUGUGUCGGGUUCGAGCUUUCGCAGUCGACUUUUGUUUUUUUUUGCCCUUGCGCCUUGCUCGCUCGAUGUAGUCAAGCCACCCGGCGAGUGAAGCUUCCGCUGUCUCUAUUGUUCGGUGUUGUGGUGGUUGUUACUGUUGUUGUCUCGACUAUGAAACUUGUACGAUAAUGGUUGUGUUGUCUGCGCGUCCAACAUGCCUUCAAAAGUAAGUGUAACUUGGCAGCACCCUGUUCGCACGGAGCCUGUACUUGGCUGUUGGGCGUACUUCUCGGUUGCCACGGAGAAGUUGCCCAGGAAAAAAGCCUCCACCGAUACAGGCCGCAGAUGAUGGCUUUGAGGUUGAACCAGGGACCUCCCCCCCGCUAUGUGGCAGUGGCUUGACGCUGCAACGCCGGUCUCAAGAGGAGCGGGGGAGAGGAGAAGCAAACUUACCAUUCCUUCGCGCUGCUUGGAGUCUCAGGCUAUUACUGUCACCACGGCCCUCACCGCGUGUGACUGUAGCACAACAUGGAGCCACGAAAACCGCAAGAAAAAACGCUUCAUGCCUAAACAUGUUGAAGGCUACACACCCGAAACAACCCGCUAUCGCUCUGGCCGAACAACCCACCAUUUUCCGGGGGCCCCGUGGAAGAGAUGUUGUGAUUCAUGGAUGGUGGCCUUGAGUCCUCUGUGAAUGGCUUUCUUCUUUGCCGUAAUUUGUGAUUUACAUAAACGGGGUGGACCAAGCUAGUCUCGGGCUGAUGCAGUCACGGAAAUUCGCUCGUUCACGUCUCUUGGGCCGACGUCUUGUUGUUUGUAAUGCUUUUCAUAGAAUGUUUUGCGGGCGAGGUCUGUUAUUACGUAGUAGUAUGCGAAUGACAGGCUGUGGCGGAACUGCGGUGGCAUGUAGAUACAUCAUUUCCGGCACCACCGCCGCGCCCACCCCACCACAGUGAGUGGUGGUCGUCGGUGUCGUUGGUGGAGUUGCUGGUCGUACGGUCGUGGUCCCGGCGACGUUUCACGGAGUUGUCGGAAGAAUCGUCUGUAUUUUUUUAGGAUUCCCUCCUUGGGUGGAUUCAGUGGAAGAUCCCAAAAGGUCGAAUGUGUCGGUGGGGGGCUCGGUGGCGGAGAGGGCACGGCAUACGACAUGUGUUUCGUGUGUGCUGUCUUGGGUGUUACAUAGGAGAGCUGGGUUCAAUGAACGCAUGUUGUGGGUUUCGAUUCUGCUGUCCCACGUGCUCACGUACCGACUUGCUCUGCUCCAUGCUGUUCGCUACUACCAUACACCCGUGUCUGGCUCGACGGGGUUGUAAUGUAGCGGAUCCGACGGAUAAGCUGUCAGCAACGCCACGA